UGUCUGUGUGUGUCUGCGUGCGUGCGUUUCUCUUUGUUUGUGUGUUUGUCACUGAUCAUCAUUAUAAGAGUAAAGCUGGCUUCAGUUCAACAUAUUAGCAUUCUUUAUUGUUUUAGAUUCAGUCAAAUCCAGAAUACUCAUUUCUUUAUAAUUCCAUGGAUGAUCAUGGCACGUCUGAAGUUUAAUGAUGUAAAAACCACCAACAGUUAAAAAAAUACAGUCUCUGUAAUUGGUGUGUGCGGAGCAUCUCUACUUGGUAGCAUUGACUAGAGAACAAUCACUUCACUGGAUGUUCUUUUAUGAUCAUCCUCAAUAGUCAGCUAAACGGACAGUUGGAGCCCCAGUUUAGGAGGUUGAGUUGGAGUCAGAAGACGCUGGGAUGUCUGCUGUGAGGACGGAAGAUGCUGCCAAUGGAACGAGCACAGCUAAUGGUGGAGGAGGAGUCAAGUGUGAAGAGGGUGGAGUCACAGUCCUCAGGCCGACAGAUCUGUCAGAAAUGCUGGCGGCGGGAACAAAAGAAGUGCACCAGAAGGCAGAAAACACAGAGUUCGUCAAAGACUUCCUGAGGGGACGCAUCCGCAAGGAGCUCUUCAAGCUGGGUCACGUGGCUCUAUACUUCACAUACUCUGCUCUAGAAGAGGAGAUUGAGAGGAAUAAAGAUCACCCUCAGUUUGCUCCGCUCUACUUCCCCCAUGAGCUGCACCGGCGGGACGCUCUGGCUCAAGACCUGCAGUUUUUCUAUGGCUCAGACUGGCAGACCCAGAUCAGCAUUUCUCCCGCCACGCAGCGAUAUGUGCAGCGCAUUCAUCAGAUUGGCAAGGACGAGCCGGCGCUGCUGGUGGCCCACGCUUACACCCGAUACAUGGGUGACCUGUCGGGGGGGCAGGUGCUCCGGAAAGUAGCCCAGCGCGCCCUAAAGCUGCCCGCCAGCGGAGAUGGACUCAACUUCUACAUGUUCGAUAACGUCAGCAAUGCCAAAGCCUUCAAACAACUGUACAGGAGCCGCAUGAACGAGCUGGAGCUGCAGCAGGACACCAAACUCAAGAUCGUCGAAGAGGCCGUGCUGGCGUUCCAAUUCAAUAUAGAGAUCUUUGAAGAAAUAGGUGAGGUUGGACAGACUCUUGAGGACGAUGUUUUUGACGCUGCUCCUGUUCAUGGCGAGAUGCAGGGAGACAUCAGUCAGUGUCCGUAUCAUGCUGCUAAAAUGGCUGCCAGUGGUGGGUCAUCUUAUGUUUGUCAAAUAGCCAAGACUGUGCUUAAAAAUCCCUCCGGUCAAGUCCUAUUGGCUGCCUGGAUCGCUGCUCUCGCCGGAUUGGCUGCUUGGUACCUCAUGUGACCUCCUUGUGACCAAAUAGGAGAAGAACGGGGUCAGAAAAUACACAGGAACAAACUUCUGUUCUGCUUAAAAUUCCAACACAUUUCCCUCGUAGUACAAAUUGCGUGCCCCCUUUAUUUUUGGGUAAAUGUGAUUGAAUAUAAUGCAACAGAGAGUGUUUAAAUGCAGGAUAGCGUAGUUUAGUUUCUUGUGGGAGUUUUACGAAAUUGGACCUGUCAGUGUUGAUGAAGUAAAGAUGGACAUGUAGUGUACUUAAUUAAUAGUUUUACCACAGCAUCGGCAGUCUUUUGGGUCCAAACAUACUCUACACAAGUACACAAACUCAAGCAUCAUUACAUGUUAUGGCAACUAUGUCUUCUAUUUUCUAUUGUCAGUAUAAAGGGUGCUACUGUAGGUGUUACUGCCAAUUUUAGUAUUAUACAGCCAAUUUCUUUGCCUUGUAAAGGAGAAGGGUUGCCAGAUAUCAAUUUAAAUUAUUUUGUACUGAUAGCAGUGAAAUUACGCUUUUCUUAGUACAAAAGCAGGACUCAAAACCCAUACUAUUUAAAUAUUAACGAAGUUAAGCAACAUUUAAACGGUUAAAAGUUCAUCUAAGACAUUAUUCAUUUAUUUUUCAUCAGGUUUAACGCAUGGAUAAAAAAACUCAGCUACGUCAAUUAAAAUUGUUUAGAAAAAGAAAGAGGGAGAGCAUAAAUCACAUUUAAGUUGUCAGAAAGUGAAAUCUUGACCAUAAUAUAAGGGGAAAAAAAAAGAAGUAGUGUUGAGUACGGUUAUAGUACAAAAACAUCAUUUUGUCGUAAUCGAUAUACUGUAGUCAACAUUUGAAGUGGAUCAAACAUGUUAAAGUUGUCCUCAAACUAUUAAACAACACCAAUGCUUUUUUUAAAAAAAGAGAGAGAUCCACAAUCCUACUGUAUACAUAUGUGGUCUUAUAAGACAAGACAAAUUUCCAUUGAUUAUUUGAAACUACUUUACUCAUGUAGCAUAAAGUUUUGUGAAGUUUUUAUGAAGAGAGCGCAAAUGCACAGCUUUUUUUACUUCAGAAAACCUCGUACCGUGUUUUGAAAUAAUUUUUAGUACCGACUUUUAGUACCAGUUCUUUUGACAACACUAAAGGGAGAGUCUUUGAGAUUUGGCAUCCACACAGUAGACAUGCAGUCAACUCUUUUAUUGGUGUUUGAAAAGAUUCGAGCUCCUCUACCCCCUCCUCUUUAGUGAAAUCAACCAAUCAAAUGUAUUUUCGUACAUUACGUCUGGAAUUGGUCGAAAUGGGAUCAGAUUGAUAAAACUGCAUUCCAAGCUUGUGUUCACACUUUGGUCUGAAUUCAAAUCAAUUUUAUUGUGAUUACUCCCUUGGCAUCCAUCGUUCCUUUCUUCAAAAUGUAAACAUACAGACUUUGCGCACCAAACAAGUAGGAAAAUGGUCUCAGUCUGCCUCCAGAUGAACCGUAACGCAGUUUGAUGGACGUAUAAA